AUGCCGAGCAAUCUUCAACGUGCCUUGUCAAUAGAGGCAGUUGGAGAUAUCUCCUCUUUAGAAGAAAUCAACGACAAGAAAGUAACAGACAUCUUGCAUUCAAAGUUCCUGAACUACAACGUAUAUACAGACAUUGGAGCUUGUAAUAUCGUAGCUGUCAAUCCCUUUAAGCAACUUGCACAAAAUGACGCACAGACCAGCGAGGACUAUGUAACAUCGUACAAAGCCACUUUUCCCAAGAAACAAAUACACAACAAACUCAACUCUCAUAUAUUUGAACUUGUCAACCGUGCCUAUCUACAUAUGCGAAGAACGGGAAAUGAUCAAGUUCUAUUUUUAUGUGGCGAAUCGGGUAGUGGAAAGUCAGAACUUCAUAACUUAGCACUGAAACACCUUAUGCGACUCAGUGCCAGCAAAAGGAAUUCUAAGGUACAAGCACAAAUUCUCAACGGUCAGAAAAUUUUAAGGGCAUUCAGCACAGCCAAAACAUCUUACAAUGAGAAAGGAGCAUCUCGCUGUGGGCUGUAUACAGAAACACAUUUCAACGAGCGUGGCAAACUAGUAGGUGGAAAAACGCUGCAUUACUUUCUAGAAAAAACAAGAGUGACAAGUGGAAGACAAAAUGAAGGCAAUUUCAACGUAUUUUAUUGGCUUCUUGCCGGAAGCGAGCCUGACGAAAAGCAAGUGUUGCAAAUAAAGGAUGAUCCCAAAGCCUACAAUUAUUUAGCUAAAUAUGGACGUUCGGUUACACAGAUAGAUUUGGAGGAGUAUAAGGACUUCAAAGCAGUAAUGCGUGGUGCUGGAUUUAGACGAGAACACUACAGCCGUAUCAUUCAGCUUUUGGCCGCAAUUCUUCAUUUAGGUAAUAUCAGUUUCAUUGAUCCUGCAAGUGGAGUUGGAGCAGAAGAAGCUACCGCUAUCCAAAAUCCAGAAACGUUGGAAUUGACUGCAGACCUUUUGGGUCUGGACCCACGAGCAUUGGAGACGGUUUUGACAUUCAAGACAACGAUGAUCGGAAAGGAUGUAACAACCUUGAUUUUGAAUUCAGAACAAGCUGCAGCACAUAGAGACGAGUUAGCACAAACAUUAUAUACCCUAUUGUUUUCUUGGAUGGUGGAAUACAUCAAUUCAAAAACGUAUUCGGACACUUUUAACAGCUUCAUCGGCAUGCUCGACUUUCCGGGGACUCAACCGUCUGGAUUUGGCACCGUUGGCUUUGAGCAAUACUGUGUCGAUUAUGCAAAUGAAAGAAUACACAGUUUUAUCACCCAUCGUAUGUUUGAAGCAGACAACGCAGAAUUUAUCUCUGAACUGAUACAAGUACCAGAAAUAACUUAUAACAGCAAUACAGCAUGUGUUGCUUUAUUAGAGCGCCCAACGAGGGGUAUAAAUGCCAUUUUCAAUAAAAUGUCAUCGAAGACUAUCAGUGGAAAACGUGUAUUUACAGAUAACAAUGCCGUCGACGCCGUUAUGAAGUAUAAUCAAGAAAAUCCUGCUUUAACAUCCAAAAUAUCCAACACAGGCGCGCAACAUUUUGCAAUUAGACACUAUGCUGGAGAAGUAACUUAUGACCCUACGGGCUUUAUUAACAGUAACAAUAACCAGCUUCUGGUCGAUUUUAUCAGUCUUUUCCGGGGAAAUGCUGAUAUGCCUGCUUCUUGGAACAACUUUGUGUUGAAUUUAUUUUCUGAAGAUAAUCUCGCAAUAGAAAGUCAUCCAAUCAGUGCAGCAGAAGCUUUGGUAGCGGCACAGCAAUCAGUGAAACCUACUCGAGCACCAUCAAUGCGGAAAAGUAAAAGAAAUGCAGCAUCAAAUACAGUAACGGAAAAGUCAGGGACACCAAACGAAGACAGAGGCAUUGCAACAGUAUUGGCACAGAUCCAGUCCGCAUUAGACGAAUUAAUCAACUCUUUUCAAGAGGCAGCCUUAUGGACUGUAUAUUGUAUUAGACCUAAUGCAACAGGAAGCACAACACAAUUUGACAGUCUUGUUGUUCAGUCUCAAAUCAGGAACUUCAAUUUAGACUCAUUAGCCAAAAAAAUGAAAUAUUUUUAUAUGAUGUCUCUACCUCAUCAAAGUUUCCUGACGAGAUAUGCAGUACCGUUAACAAAUGUGGGUUUGGUACAUGAUGGAACUGCUCAAGAACAGUGUGAGUCAGUCAAACACCUAAACGAUUGGAGUGAUAGUGAUAUGAAUAUAGGGUCAACAAAAGUAUUUCUCAGCUUCCAAAGUUGGCGUUUUCUCGAAGAAAAGCUUAGAGUUUUGGAAAAAGAGGAGCAAAAGAACUUGAAAAUAAUGAAUAACAAUAUCGAGCUUCCAGCAAUUCUAACAAGUGAGGAUGGUAUGGAUAUGCAAAAAAGGGAUGUACCUGAUGCUAAUGAUGAUCAGCCAUUGGGUUCUAUUGCCAAUACAGAUCCACAUCUGUUAACGGCGCCACCACCGCAUGAAUUUAUAAGUGCUGGAGAAUCCUAUAUUUCAGAAGAUGAUGAACACAUGCCUCAACGUUUCUCACAAAUGUCAUACGCUAAUAGUCAAUAUGGAAGUUCCCAGUUUGAUGGUAAUGAAUCCUACUUGAACCAGAACAAUUUCAGAACAGAUGAUUCUUUUACGGCUCCACCUGUAGCACCUCCUCCGAUUGAUAUUGACGCUACUGAAGAAAAGCCUGAUUCUAUGACACCAGGAAGAAAGAGAUGGCUCUGGUUUGUAUAUGCUAUGACUUGCUGGGUACCGUCACUGUUCUUGAUCAAAUGUGGGCGUAUGAAUCGCAAAGAUAUUCGCGUUGCAUGGCGUGAAAAAUUAACUUUGUGUAUGCUUAUUACGCUUAUGUGUGCCUUUGUCAUUUGGUUUCUGGUCUUUUUCGGUGAAAUUAUUUGUCCACACCAGGAUGUCUUCUCUGUGAGUGAACUAGCAGGACAUAACUCUGAUCAGGAUGGGUAUGUCGCUAUUAGGGGUGAAGUAUUUAAUCUGGCGAAAUUUGCACCGCAUCACUUCCCCAACCUUGUUCCUACUUCUGUUGUACUUGACUACGCUGGCAAAGAUGCUACUGAACUGUUCCCCGUUCAGGUAUCUGAUCUUUGUGAAAAUGUGUCUCCAUACAUAUCUCUGGAUUAUAAAAGAAACUAUACUGAUGAUAACGCCCAAUAUCAUGACUUUACGUACGCCUCAGGAAACUACCGCAAGAACUGGUACUACAGUAUAAUGACAAUGCUAAGGCGGAAUUAUAAAGUGGGUGAUAUGGGUGUGGAAUGGAAAGGUAUCCGUGAUCAAGCCAAAGGAGCCUAUACCUUGAACGGACAAAAGAUAAACCGCCAAUGGGCAGUUAUCAAUAACUGCAUUUACGAUUUGACUGCCUACAUUAUGGGUGGUCGUUAUACCAAAGCUCCACCUGGUGAAACAGUUCCUGAUAAUGUUGAUACGAACUUUCUUAAUCCCGCUGUUGUCCGAUUAUUUGAAGAUAGCGCUGGAACAGACGUUACUGAACAAUUCAACGCGUUGAACCUUAGCAAUGAUCAGAAAUAUCGUGAACUUGUUUGCAUGAGAAACUUGUACUAUGUUGGCAUGGUAGAUUAUCGUAACUCAACGCAAUGUCAGUUCUCAACAUAUUUUUUGUUGGUGGUCACUGUCUGUCUUUGUAUUGUUGUUCUCUUCAAAUUCUUGGCAGCUAUUAGAUUCGGAUCCCCUCGUGUGCCCGAAGAGCUGGAUAAAUUUGUUAUCUGUCAAGUUACCUGUUAUACUGAAGAUGAAGACUCGUUACGGAAAACAAUCGAUUCACUUGCUACUCUUCGUUAUGACGACAAGAGAAAGCUUAUUGUGGUUAUUUGUGACGGUAUGAUUAUUGGUAGUGGAAACGAUAGGCCAACACCUCGUAUUGUGCUAGACAUAUUCGGUGUUGAUCCUCAAGUUGAUCCUGAAGCUCUUUCGUUUAUUUCUGUUGGCGAAGGAGUGAAGCAGCAUAACCGUGCUAAAAUAUACUCUGGUUUGUAUGAAAUUGGUGGGCAUGUUGUGCCAUAUUUGGUCAUUGCUAAGGUUGGUGCGCCUACUGAGCGUCAAAAGCCGGGUAACCGUGGUAAGCGUGAUUCGCAAAUGGUUUUGAUGAAUUUCCUCAACCGUGUACAUUAUAAUGCGCCUAUGAAUCCAAUGCAACUAGAGAUGUACCAUCAAAUGCGGAACGUGAUCGGUGUCACACCUGAACUAUAUGAAUAUGUGCUAAUGGUGGAUGCUGAUACUGAAGUCAUGCCUGAUGGCUUAAACUAUUUGGUCUCAAGUAUGGCUCAUGACGCCAAAAUUAUUGGUCUCUGUGGAGAAACAACACUUGCCAACGAGAAAGAUACAUGGGUCACAAUGAUUCAAGUCUACGAAUACUUUAUUUCUCAUCAUAUGAUCAAGGCGUUCGAAUCACUCUUCUCUACUGUCAGUUGUCUACCAGGUUGCUUUACCAUGUAUAGAAUUCGUUCUGUCGAUGGCAAGCGUCCCUUGUUCAUUGCUAAUGAAAUUAUUGAUGAUUACAAAGAAAAUGUAGUGGAUACGUUACACAAGAAAAAUUUGCUCUAUCUCGGCGAAGAUCGUUAUUUAACUACUCUACUACUGAAACACUUCCCCAACUACAAGACCAAGUUUAACCCAGAUGCCCAAUGUAAAACGAAUGCACCAGACACUUGGAGUGUGUUGGUCUCACAACGUCGACGAUGGAUCAACUCAACUGUCCAUAAUUUGGGAGAACUGGUGUUCUUACCCAGCCUUUGUGGUUUUUGCUGUUUCUCGAUGCGUUUCGUUGUUAUUCUUGAUCUGAUAAGUACUUUGGUUCAACCUGCACUUCUAGCGUAUUUAGGUUUCCUUAUUUACAAACUGGUGGAAGCCAGGAAUCAAGUUCCUAUUAUAACAAUUAUUACACUUGGUUGUACAUAUGGCUUGCAGAUCGUUCUUUUCAUCCUUAAACGGCGAUGGGAGCAUAUUGCAUGGUUCUUUUUGUCCAUUUUAGCAUUGCCCGUAUUCUCAUUGUAUAUUCCAAUUUAUGCUUACUGGCAUUUUGAUGACUUUUCUUGGGGUAACACUCGUAUUGUGGUCGGUGAAAAGGGCAAGCAAGUGGCCGUAGGUGGUGACGACGGCGAAUUUGAUCCGAAAUCUAUACCCUUGAUGACAUGGGCACAAUAUGAGAAAUUAAUGUUGGCAACAGAAAGUAAUAGCGAUGGUUUAUCCCAAAGCACUUAUACCCCUGGAACUAUGUCCUUUAACGGCAGUUAUUCAGUGCAUAAUGGUGGUGGUCAAGCUUACUCGCAAUACGGUGGGUUCACUUACAACAGUGGCUAUUACCCUGUCAAUACUGGUGGUUACUCGCUUCAUGGAGGUUCUGUGACAGGCUCACGCCAUUCAAUGGCGGGAGACUAUUUUUAGUCAUUUGAUCUUUCAUUUCAUCUGUAGAAUAUCGCAUACAAAAUUUUAAUACCAUAUCGAUGCUGCAUACUAUUAUACUAUCUAUAAAGGUCAAUUGUUACAAGGGAAAAAAAUAGCAU